AUGAAAAAGGAGCAUUCAGGGAAUGAGGAUGGCGACGGGGCCGGUCUGUCUCGUCCCAAGUUUUCCCAGCAUGAUGCGGCUCAGGAGUCGCAGAGCGGGGUAGAGACGACGCACAGAAAAGAUGAGUAUGAUGUUGCAUGGGUUUGCGCGCUGCACAUUGAAAUGGCAGCGGCCCGUGCUAUGCUCGACGAGACUCAUGACGGGUUGCCAUCAAUACAAGAUGACACCAACAGCUACGUUCUUGGGAGGAUUCAAGCACACAACGUCGUCAUCGCUUGCCUACCAAAUGCCGAGUACGGAACCAUCAAUGCGGCUCACGUGGCAAAUAACUUAAAGCACACAUUUCCCGGCAUCAAAUACUGGUUGAUGGUUGGGAUCGGAGGCGCGGAUCCAAGUAGGCAAGAUAUUCGCUUGGGCGAUGUCGUCGUUGGAACCAGAGUAAUGCAGUACGAUUUGGGCAAGAUCGUCAAGGGCGAGAUAAAGACCACAGCAAUACCAAGAUUGCCUGACCACUGCCUGGGCACGGCCAUCUCCAACUUGCGGUCCAAACAUGAGCUUGAACCACAUCAUAUUCCCUCCAUCCUGCAGGACAAGCUGGGCACACAUCAACACUUCCUUCAUCCAAACCUACCAGAUCGCCUAUUUCGAAAGACAUACGAACAUGAGGGAGGAGCAUCUUGCGAAGCCUGUGACUCAUCAAAGAUUAUGCCUCGCCGUAUCAGAACGUCAAAUAUCCCGCAAAUACAUUAUGGCGCUAUCGCGUCAGGAAAUCAGGUAAUGAAGGAUGCCUGGACAAGGGAUAAAGUAGGUUCAGAACUGGAUGUCAUAUGCUUCGAAAUGGAGGCUGCCGGUAUAAUAGGCAUCCUUCCAUGCCUGCCGAUACGAGGAAUAUGUGACUACGCAGAUAGCCACAAGUGCAAAGAAUGGCAAAGGUAUGCUGCAGCUACCGCAUCCGCCUAUGCAAGGGAAUUACUCGAGGUUCUGCCAAGUUCCAAUGUCUGUACUCUGGCAUCUUCUCACUCACGCACCGGCCGUCCGAAGGCCCUUGGAAAGUACCGUCGCAAAAAGCUCCUCGGUUCUCUCAAGUUCGAACAGAUCGAAUCCCGGAGAUUGACUAUCAAAGAAGCGCAUGAAAAAACCUGCCGCUGGUUCCUCAGCCACCCAUCUUACAAAGCCUGGCUUGACGCCUCGAAACUGAAACAACAUCAUGGGUUCCUAUGGGUCAGCGGUAAGCCUGGCGCAGGGAAGUCAACCUUGAUGAAAUUUGUCCAUUCCACAAUGACUGGCGAUCAGGUCAUUGCAUCCUUCUUCUUCAAUGCCAGAGGAGAAUCUUUGGAAAAGUCGGUAUCCGGAAUGUACCGGUCACUACUACUUCAACUUCUAAAAGGUUACCCCGACCUUCAGGAGGUCUUGGACGACCCUGAGCUCAUGGCCAAUGUAUGGAGCCAGGACUCGGCUCUCCAGAAAGUGCUGGAUAAUAACCCUGAGCUCAGAGCUACUUCAUCAAGCAAGGAUUCUUACCGUCUUUCCCUGGAUACUCUCAAAAACAUCUUCCGAGCCGCGAUAAUGAAGCUUGGCAGCCGUCCUUUCACCUGCUUCAUCGACGCUCUUGAUGAGUGCGAUGAACAGCAAGCAAUUGAGAUGGUAUACUUCAUCGAAGAGCUCACCAUACAAUCUACUGAUAUUGGAGUGCCCCUUCGUAUCUGCUUUUCUAGUCGCCAUUACCCGUACAUUAACAUAAGAUGGAGCAUUCGGGUGACACUCGAGGCCCAACCAGGACAUACCGACGAUUUGAUGGACUACACCAAGAGCAGUCUGCGCAUUACGAACCCUCGACUAAUUAAGCAGUUACAAAAGGACAUCAUAGACAAAGCUGCCGGGGUGUUCCUAUGGGUCGUGCUUGUUGUUCAUAUUCUCAAUGACGAGGAUAGACGAGGUCGGCCAACGCUCCGAAAAAGGCUCCAGGAGAUGCCCAGUGGCUUGACCGAGCUCUUCAGGGACCUUGUGACAAGAGACAAAGAUAACAUCGAGGACUUUGUUCUCUCUACUCUAUGGAUUCUUUUUGCAAACAGCCCGCUUCGACCCAACGAGUACUUUCACGCUCUAUGGUCUGGACUCUAUCUGAAGGGCUCAGCAGAUACAGAAAUCCCGGACACGUCUCUUUAUACAGAUGAAACAGCUAUUAGAUAUGUCACCAGCUCUUCCAAAGGACUGGCUGAGAUAACGAAAUCCUACGCGCCAACCGUACAAUUCAUCCACGAGACUGUUCGAGACUUUCUCCUCAAACACAAUGGCCUCAAUAUCCUUUGGGCUGAACUUGGAUCCGAAAGAGAAAGUCCAUGUCACGAGAGGCUAAAAGAAUGCUGCGAGGCUUAUCUCAACCACUCCGCCAUCCACGAGCUCAUCUCCGAGACAAAAGGCAUGAAUAUCAGGAAGGGAUCUGAACGCUUCCCGUUUCUGGCUUACGCUUCUCAAAAUAUCCUGUACCAUGCAGACUACGCCGCAAAAGCCAUUCCCCAAGAUGCUUUUGUGAAAAAUAUUGAGCUCUCUCAGUUGGCCAUAAUUUUAAAAUCGCUGGGGCGAUACGAAUAUGAAGAUUACAUUGUCAAAGGAAAAAAGAAAAUUCUUCUCUCUAUUCUGGCAGAUAGAGAUUGCCCGGAACUGAUUCGUACCUUGAUAAAAUGCGAACCAACAUCUGAGGUUUAUGGAGCGCAAUUCAAAUAUCCUCUGUUUACUGCUUUCAAGAGGAACAACAAGAGAUCGAUUGUCGCUCUGUUCGGUUUAUCAACAUGUAUUUACAAUGGAGUCGACAUCACAGCUGGCUUUGAGCAUAAGCAUACACAAAUAUUCUCUGGUCAGACGCCGUUAACAUGGGCAGCCAGAGAAGGAAGGGCCGAGUACAUAGCCCUGCUUCUUGAAAAAGGAAUCGACAUUGAUGGAAAGAAUAAGUACGGCAACACAGCACUUUUAGAGGCCUCGCGUAAGGGCCAUGAAGGGAUCGCACGGCUUCUACUUGAAAAGAAGGCGGAUGUAAAUUCGACUUCAAAAAUUGGCUCUACGCCACUCAUCGGGGCCUCAGGAUACGGUCAUGACACUCUGGUCAAGCUCUUAAUAGAGAAUGGGGCCGAUCUAAACGCUACUGAUGACGAUGGCUCUACAGCCCUCAUACAGGCUUUGAGGGAUGGUCAUGAAGAGACUGCUAAGCUCUUGAUAGAGAAUGGGGCCAGCAUAAAUAUUACAGGUACCUAG